CGCGUGUACCACGACCUCUCCAAGUUCAAGCUCAGCGCGUUCGUCGUGUCGACCGCGGCGGCGGGUUACGUGCUGGGCAGCGGUGAGGUGAUCGACUGGGAGCAGCUCGGUUGGACGUCGCUGGGCACGAUGCUCUGUUCGUCUUCGGCGAACACGUGGAAUCAGAUCUUCGAGAUCAAGAACGACUCGGUGAUGGCGAGGACGAUGCGAAGGCCGCUGCCGUCGGGGCGGUGCUCGGUGGCGCACGCCGCGCUCUUCGGCGUCGUCACCGGCAUGGCGGGCGUCGGGCUUCUCAAGGAGAAGGCCAACGACACCACGGCGGCCCUGGGCGCCGGUAACGUCGCGCUCUACGCGCUGUGCUACACCCCGAUGAAGCGGGUGCACUGGCUCAACACGUGGGCGGGCGCCGUCGUCGGCGCGGUGCCCCCGCUGAUGGGAUGGGCCGCCGCGCGCGAGGGCGCGAUCGAGCCCGCGAGCGGCGUCCUCGCGGCCGCGCUCUACUUCUGGCAGAUGCCCCACUUCAUGGCGCUCGCGUACAUGGCCAAGGACGACUACGUCAGGGGCGGGUACCGAAUGCUCUCGCACCCGUCGAGCGAUCCAACCGGCCGAAGGCUCGCCGGGGUGGCGAUGCGAAACGCCUUCUACAUGUUCCCCCUGGGCGCCCUCGCCGUGGGCUGCGGCCUGACCACCGCGCCGUUCGCGUACGAGGCGGCGCUCCUCGCCGCACCCAUGGCGCUCAGCGCGGCUGUGUUUUACCGCAGGCCGUCUAUACCAAACGCCAGGAACAUGUUCUACGGGUCCUUACUCUACCUCCCCGCGUUUCAGGCGCUGGCGUGUUUACACAGGGUG